AUGGGUAAGUCUAAUAGUAGUGAUAAGGGAAAUAUGUAAGAAAGUCUGGAGGAGAUGGCUGACAGUCCCUCCCAGUUAGCCAUGUUUCUGGGAGAUCUUCAUAGAUGUCAUAGCCAGUCAUGGGGGUCACAAGAGCAUGAGCCCAAGAUCUUGUGAGAUCUGGAUUUCCAGCCCUUACGAGAUUUGACAGUGAGGUUUGUGGGACUGGGAUGCCUAUAGAUGGCUUCUCCCAAAUCAGUUUGGCUUCAUUCUGUGCAGGCAGGUGAUGAAGCCUACCCUCCUUCAUUUCAGGAUUAUCUCAGUUUAUAGUUGGUCAUGCUAUGGGAAACCAGGAAUUCUUUUUUUCAUGCUGUCCAGAUUGACUUGGGGAUUUUUUUUUCUUCAUCUUCCUUGGAGUAUCCUUUAGAACAAGAUAUAAGCAGUGCAUAGUUUCUGUAGUCUUAAUUUUUGUCACAACUUAUUAUAUAUAUAUAUAGUGUGUAGAAGACUGUGACCCAUUGAGAGAAAGGGAGGCUCUUUUAAUAACUUGCUAUACACCCUUGGGCUGUGGAAACACCUAUAAAGAGGAUAAACACCUAUAUAUAGGCUGAGUUCCAGACUUCCACACAGAUUUUGGGCAGCUAUGGGAGCAGGACCUGACUUGGCUGAACCAUGACAGCCAAUACAGCCUGAGGGCAAACACAGCAUGCAAAGCUGGGUUAGUUCCUUGAGAGGUGAACAGCUUUGAUAGCUGGCUAUCUUCCCACUACUAUCCCAAUACCUGUCUGCAAGGUAUUGUGGUGAAAGGAGUAGGAAUCUUAUAUAUACAGUGGUACCUCAGGUUACAGAUGCUUCAGGUUACAGACUCCGCUAACCCAGAAAUAGUACCUCAGGUUAAGAACUUUGCUUCAGGAUGAGAACAGAGAUUGUGCGGUAGCAGCAUGGCGGCAGCGGGAGGCCCCAUUAGCUAAAGUGGUACCUCAGGUUAAGAACAGUUUCAGACUAAGAACGGACCUCCAGAACAAAUUAAGUUCUUAACCCGAGGUACCACUGUCAUGUUAUGGGCAGAUGUCAGAGGAUGCUGACCUGGAAUAUACCAGGCAUAUAUCAGGAACUGAGGAUAGACUCUAGGUGAUGAGCCCUAUGGACCUAAAUGCACACAGGGCUUGCAGACACUUUCAGGCAGCAGGGAGUGGUGUUUGUGGUUGAGCUUUUUGAUAGGCAAGCACAUUCAAAUGGUUAGGUAAGAAAUAAAUAUCAGGAACCUGGCCCUUUGUUCUUGCCUGAUCAACAAGGAAGUACUUCUAGCCACUGUUCUCUAGGUUCAUAGUUGGUUUAUUCAACAAAGUCCUCUAGGUGGUCCCCAAAACAAUAUAAGAGCGCACUAAAAAUGAAGGAUAUACAUUUUGUUCAACAGUAUUUUCCUGUAGUUUCUUUUAUGGUAGUCCUCUCAGUGGGGCUGGUAUUUUAACAAUAAUAUAAAGGAAAGUUGUCACCCCCUACGUCACCACUUCGUUCUAAAGCAGGUGAGGAAUUUGUGACCCUCCGGACAUUGUUGGACUCCAACACCCAGCCAAAAUGGCCAAUGGUAGUCAGACAUCUGGAAGGCCACAUAUUUCCCAGUGCUUUUCUACAGCUUUCUUCUAUUUUUAAGACUAUCAUCCUCAACCCAUUUAUUAGAGAACAAGCCCUAUUGAAUUCAAAGUAAAGGAGCUUGGCAUUGUGCUUCACCUGCAAAAAGCACUGACUAGAAGGUUUCUUGGUAUUAAUCUGAAGGUGUAACUCGAAUAUAUUUAUCCAAGAUGGAGAAUAAUCUACCAGUAAGCUUUUUGUGGAGACAUAUUAUGCCUCAAAUACCAACAUUCUGGUGAAGAUUCUCCACAAGUUACAAACUCAGUAAUACUGCUUGCAGAGACAGAACCUCCACCUUCUAGUAAUCAGGAAAGUACUGUUGAAGAACCUUCCCCUGUUCUCGAGGAGCAUCCGACAAAAGUAAGAAGAGCAAAAUCAUCUCGGUCACAACACAGGCGUCCAAGAGGUGCACGGUCAUCACAUAAAAGACGGCGACCCAUGACAGCCGUUGAGGAAGAAGGUCCAUUUUCUGACAGAGCUGUCUGCACAGGUAAGUGACAACAGUUUCUGUCCAAGGACUUACGAUGAGAGAGUACAGGAAGGAGCGCAAAAUAAUUGCUUGCAUUGUUGGUCAGGUAUAGAAUAUAUUUCAUUCUAAUAAUAGAUCCCUUUUGCUUUUCUCCCCUUUAGAUUAGAAUUGGCAUUCUAAGGUAAUAGAUAUUUCAAUAAUAGAUUCUGGUAAACUUAACUGAACACUUAAAAAACAAUAAGGAUGCUAAACUGCAGUAAUAUGUUAGAAAUGGAAAGGAUUAGGCCCUUUAAUAGGAGAUUCUUAAACAGAUAACAGAUCUGUGUAGGUUUUUAUUGUACUGGAAAAAAUACUUUGAAUUUUACUAUUUCAAUGCAAUUUGCAUAAUGGGAAUUUUAGUUGAAAAUUUAACUUGAAGUGGUCAAGACCAGUGGCUGGUACAAUAUAGUUGAUGCUGAGGAACAGAUUCUUUUGGAAUAGAUUUUUUUAAAGGUAAGAACAGUCGUGUUAACCCCUGAUCUGCACUGGAUUAGGAUAAGGUAGAAGUCUGCAUCAUUUUGCUUUAGUUUAUAUUCCUGCAUUGCAUGGGGUUGGACUAAAUGACCCACAGGGUCCCUGCCAACUCUACAAUUCUAUGAUAAGCCCCCCCAGACAGGGUGCUAUAGGAACGGUUGAUCGAGCUACUGCCUCUAAAGCUAGUCCAUUUCCCAGAAAGGGGCCUUAUUUGCAGCCUGCAAAAGUAGGCAAUCACUGCCCCCUCCCACCCUUUUCCAUUCUAGCUGGCACAAGUGGCAAUACUUUGGAUGCAGUUGUUGAUCUGCUGUUCCUGGCUGGGAUUUUGGAUUGCUCUCUUUAAUACAAUAUAUUUGUAUGGGACAGCUGCAUAUUCCUGCAUUGCAAGGGGUUGGGUUAGAUUAUCCUCAGGAUCCCUGCCAACUCUACAGUUCUAUGAUUCUAUGAUAUUGGCAAUAUACAGUAUAUAAUGUCUUCUCCAUUUGGAUGAGGUGAGGAUGAAAGGUGGUGGCACAGCAGGAAACAUUUGAUCCACACUGUUCAAGAGUACUACCACAUAUAUGUGAAAGCGUCUUAGAACCAUGGAAAAUCACAGAUGCACUCUAUUUAUUCCAGUAGGUAGGAAGGGCUUGAGUCCAUGUUCAGCACAGAGGUAGUUAAUCCUGGGUUUCACUGCUACAUUUAGUUGUAAUUGUUGCCCAUUCAUAAAUGAUUAAUACUGCAUGUAUAAUUCCAGAUGCAUACAGACUCCUUAACUUAGUAAAAACAGAACGUGUAGCUUUGGUCUCCUUGGAGUAGUGUUUUUAAUAUCUGGGAUUAUAAAAAAAACCCUAAAUAAAUACUUAUUUUGGAGUUUUGAAAAUCUUUCAGAUACUUAUUGAGAAGUAAUGGGAAAGCAUGCAAAUGUUAAUAAAAUAUUUAAAAACAGCCAGACAAGCCAUUAAAAUAGCUCCAUUGUCUUCUGGGUUCCUUCCUUAUCAAAACCAGAUUAGGUUAAUCCAUGGGCGUAGCUGGGGGGGUCAGGGGGUCAGCUGCUCCCCCCCCCCCGAUCAAUUAAAACAAUAAUCAAGUAAAACAAUAUAAAUACAGUACUUAACUAACUGACCAAUCACGUCGGUUCUGCCCCCCCCAACAAAGUCUAACAAAGAUCCUGGCUACACCCAUGGAUUAAUCCAUUCUUCUCCCCACCCCAUAUAACCUGUACCAUUUCCCUAGUUUUCUACAGGAAAUUAUAUCUUAUGUCUACACUUCAGCUGGGCUUGACCCUUGGUAUAAUUUGCACGUUCGUCUACUGGUAAGUAUAGCUAAGUAAUCACAGUUUUGAUUGAUUUCAGAUGCAACAUGGUGAGCUGCAUGUUUGUUCUAUUGUGGCAAAACUUGGUAUCUUAACCACUGCUUCUAUUGGGGGGGGAGGUAUUCCAUACCUUUUAUGAUGCUCCCAGCUAUUAUGUUAAGAGGCUACAUGGCAGCCAUGAUUUUACCAUCUACCGUAUUUUUCACUCUAUAAGACGCACCAGACCACAAGACGCACCUAGUUUUUGGAGGAGGAAAACAAGAAAAAAAAUAUUCUGAAUCUCAGAAGCCAGAACAGCAAGAGGGAUUGCUGCGCAGUGAAAGCAGCGAUCCCUCUUGCUGUUCUGGCUUCUGGGAUAGCUGUGCAGCCUGCAUUCGCUCCAUAAGACGCACACACAUUUCCCUUUACUUUUUAGGAGGGAAAAAGUGAGUCUUAUAGAGCAAAAAAUACAGUACUUCUGUUCAGUCCCAUCUCACCUCACCCAGCUGCCUGGAUCUGUUUGUCAGAUCUUUCUGUGACUACAAGCCUGGCUGAGAAGGGCAGCCUGCUCUCCGGUUCUGUAUUCCUUUGUUUGGCUGGCUGUCCAGAUCCAGCCAUGUUUAGUUCUUGAAUUACAGGGGAGCUAGAGUGGUUUGGCUAAAGGGAUGAACUUACGGACUUCAUAAAGCACGCCCCCCCUCGUUCUCCUGCACUGUGGUUAACCAAUAAAGUGUUGUGACAUCUUUUUAUUAACAGGGAUAUUUACAGGAGUUACUGCUUUCUUUGAAGAAAGCAGUGUAUCAGUUUUCUAAUAAAAUAUAUUGUUAUGAAUUGUGGGUGCCAAAAUUCCUAAUAGGUGUUAGAAUAUAAUCAGUGCACAGAGUGUUAAAGUUGCCAGACACAGGAUUAAUAAAAUCUUAAAAUACAGGCCAAAUCACCUUCCUAAAUUCAGGAAAUUGCCUGGGAGAUGAGCAAUUAACCAAAAUCAAAGGGAAGGUAAUGAGCCAUUAGGAAUGUCAUAAGGAAGGCAAAGGCUGUGCCAGAUGGUAAGGCCCUCCCUCUGCUCAGACUUCAUUUUGGAAGGCAAUAGAGAGUAGAGUUUAGGAUUGGAGUGGCUGGAAUUUGACCUAGGAGAGAAAAAUUGCAGUCUGUUCAACACAGCAAGCUGCUGAGAGUUAGAGCCAUGGCUGGGGUCUGUUUAAAUACAAGACUGCUGCAGUUAUGGGAAAAGCAAGAACCUUUGGAAGUGCUAAUGCUGGGAACCCCUCCAUCAUAGGCUCAGGUUGCAUAUGUGUGUGAAUAAAUCCUAUAUCAUAAAGACACCACAGUCUCCAUUGUGCCUCAUUUCCAAAAGGAAACACAGACCCUGGGUAAAGUGUGCUAGGAACCCCUGGAAUCUCUCACUGCUGUGGAGAUUGGGGUGGCACAUAACAAUAUAUUAGUGCUGAGUGUCUCUAGCCAUAACAUCUCACAAAAAGAAAUGUGUAUCAUUCAGCCUCACCCUGAGGUCCAGUGAAGCAGCUGGUGGAAGCCCCCAAGGCUAUAUCCUCGCAGGCAUUCCUCUCACCUCUGCCGCCUCUGUCAGAGAAGCACUUCCUGCUUUGUCUCAAGCAGUCAAACGGGACGUGCCACCCCUGAGCCCAGGUCAGGAGAGCUGUGUAUUGAAAGCCGCCAACCUUUCAUAGAAAUUAGUGCUUAUGGAAUAGUCACAUUGAAAGGACAACCAUUUAGACCAGGCAUAGGCAGACUCGGCCCUCCAGAUGUUUUGGGACUACAACUCCCAUCAUCCCUGACCACUGGUCCUGUUAGCUAGGGACAAUGGGAGUUGUAGUCCCAAAACAUCUGGAGGGCCGAGUUUGCCUAUGCCUGAUUUAGACUAUAUAUCAUUGAAUAAGGUUGCUUCUAAUUUGAUAUAUGUCUUAUAUCAAAUAUAUUAUGUUUUAGCUUUGUUUUAAAUGCUUUUAUGAAAUAUUGUGAGUGUAGAAAUUGUGUGUUAGAAUAAAUAAUAAAUAAACUACCAGUUCUCUGCAUUGGGAUCCUUUCUGUAACUGCUUUUUGCUUGUUUUUUUGGCCAGGAAAUACCUUAAAAUAUGGGUACGAAGACGCCCAUGGUUUUGCUAUACCAUGUUGUAAGUAUAGUGCAUGUAGCUUCCAAUUAAAUCAAAUCUAAUCUCUUAAUAAUUACAAUAGAGUAUUUUUUUUUACAAACAUGUUUUAUAAAAUCAGUGUAUGUAAACAAGGAAAAAUGUUAUUUAUAGUAUCAAUUAUGUAUACAAACAGAUUGAACAUCUAUAUACAUCAACAUGGUUUCAAGAAAAUAUGCAGUUUUAAGUUAAUUUCUCUUGUAACUUAAUUUAAGCUCUUCAGUAGCAAUUAGAGCAUUUUACCAUGCAAAACUGUAACAUUUGCUUUUGUUUUGUUUUUAGACCAUUAAUCAUGUUGCUGGCUAUUACAAUAGCCUGCUGUGAUCAAGCCCGCAGGCGAUUUCCACUGGACGUCAUUAUGUUGUUAAUAUUUGUAAGUAUUUUUUGAAGGCAGUGUUCUUAAACCUUGGAUUCCCAUAAGUUAUUAGACUACAGCUCCCAUCAUACCCAGCCAGUUUAGUAAAUGGCCAGGGAUUAUAGCAGUUGCAGUCUAACAACAUUUUGUUGUUUGAAUUUGGUAAAAGGGAAAAUAAUAGAUACGGUAAAGAAUAAAAAGGAGAAAUCCCUGGAUGGCAAGAUCCAGGUUUGGGGCAAGUACUCUUUGGUAAGAGCCUCAGCAGAGAUUUUAAAUCACAAAAUAUAAAUCAAAGUAUAGUGUGGGGAUAUAGGCUGUUAGACCUUUAAAAUAUCCCCUGCAAAGUUCAGUACUUCCCUUAGCACAGAAAGCAACCACACAUUUGGUAAGUUUAAAAUGGUUUACUUACAAACUUUCCAAAAGUCUGAAUCGUGUGCUUUUUCAUGCACCUUUCAGAAAAGACAGGUAGUAAAACUUAGAUUCUAAAGUGGUAAAUAUUUCUAAAUUAUUUGUAUAGAAACACAAACAUUGCUUGCUUAAGUCUUGGAGCAUUCAGCUUAGACAUCCUUACUGGUAGGGUUCACAUGGUUGAAUGGGAAGAACAAAGGCUUGAUAGCUAUUCCUCCCAAGGUGAUGGAGAAGGACCUAGCUAAGCCUGGCAGGACAACUUACUCUAUGGUCUCGACUGCUUCAUGAAUUAAUUAGAGUUAAGGCUAUCAGUUAUAUGAAAGUCCCCCACAACUAGGGACCCUGGUUUAUUGUACAAAUUGUAACAUUGUUGCCCCAGACAGGCUGUCUCUCAACCUGUUACAUGUUGUGCAAUCUAGAAUUUGGCUUACCGUUGACAGGGGAGGACUUCUGGGUGAGGCUUGUCUGCACCAUUUUGUUGGCCUAUCUAUUUUUCUACUCUUUCAGAGGUAAUGGCCACCUUUUGCUAUGCUAUGCACUGCACCAUAGCCAUUUUGUGACUGGCACCCCUGCAUCAUUUUCUCAAAUUUCUAAACAAGCCCAUUAACUUAAAAAGUUCGGAAAGCUCUGGGCUAGAGUCAUAUUGCAGCCCAGCUGUUCCAUUGCAUUGGGCUGUAAAACUGUGAGUCUCUUGGUAAUUAGGAUGCAUCCAAGUCAAUUGUGUUCCUUCUAGUGGUCAAAGGCAGGAGACAUUGUUACUCCAAAGGAAGAUGUCCAGCACCCUCCCCCCCCCCCCGUCCCUUGAAGUAUCAGUUUUGUUUUCUGCCUUCACUCAAAGCAGACCAUCCCAGCACUCCCUGUUCCCUUGGCUACUGCUUCUAAUGCAGGGUGGUUCAAUUUCUCAGACCAAGUGGGCUGAAAGAGUACUUCGACACAGAACCCAUGGGCCACACACUGAAUUAAAUGUCCACAUCGUAAAUUAAAGUGCUUGCAAUAUAGUUAAUAUUAUUUAAUAUACACAAUUAAUAUAUUUAUUUGGACUACCCUGAUCUGAAGUGGUUUUUGCCUUUCAACUUGUGUUAUUUCCCCAGGGCCUGCCAGUUUAAACAGUGUCUUCUAUCAGUGUUCUCCCAUUUGGUGUUCUUAUUGUUAAGUUUGUUUUUAUUAAAGGAAAAUAAGAAAAAAAGGGGGGUCUGUUUUUCAGCUGUCUGCUUACCUUUCCCAUCUCUUUUUCUCUGUCUCUCAUUGCUGCCUUUCAUAGUAAGCAUAAUUAGGUAAUAAGUCAAAUGCCUCAAAAAAAGUGUGCCUCUAAAGCAGUGUGCCUGCUUCCUGCUCUGUGAGCAUGAGAAUGUACAUUGCCAGAGUGAAAAGCAGAUGUUUUCAAUUGGCUGCCUCUCAUCCACUUGGGUGCACAUGAUCAUGGCCAUCAUUUUGAGUCCAAUAGUGACAUUCCAGACACGGCCUAAAUGGUCCUGCUGUAGCAAAAGAGGCGCAGGCAGGAGAAGGCAGAGGUUCCAGACUCCCAGAGGCCUGAUCACAUCUCCACAGUCACUGCUGCAGUGCCACCAUUGGAUCUGGUAUGCAAAAGACCUGGUAGAUGGGCAAACCAGAGUCUGCAGCGGGACUCCACAGAACACCUGUUCUUAGUUUCCACCAGGCAUUAGCAGGACAGAGGUAUUAGGAGGGGUUAUCAGAAGAGGAAGAGGGGCUUGAACCAGCUCUAGCCCUGUAAGUAUUGUUCAAUUCUGCUUCUUCCUUGGGGCAGAUUUUUGGGGUUUUGAUGAAUCACCACCCCAAGACCAAUGUAUUGAUACUGGGCACCACUGAGCCUCUUGGGCUUCCCGAUCAGAAGGUUGGCGAUUCAAAUCCCCGCGAUGAGGUGAGCUCUCGUUGUUCUGUCCCAGCUCCUGCCAACCUGGCAGUUCGAAAGCACGCCAGUGCAAGUAGAGAAAUAGGUACCGCUCCGGUGGGAAGGUAAAGAAGGUUUCUGUGCGCUGCUCUGGUUUCACCAGAAGGGGCUUAGUCAUGCUGGCCACAUGACCCUGAAGCUGUCUGCGGACAAAUGCUUGCGCUCUUGGCCUGAAAGUGAGAUGAGCACCACAACCCCAUUGUUGCCUUUGACUGGGCUUAACCGUCUAGGGGUCCUUUUACCUUUACCGGGCAUCAACUUUCUACCUCUGCUCUGUUAAGCUUGAUGCAGAUAUACUUACCGUAUUUUUCGUUCUAUAGGACGCACAUUUCCCCCUCCAAAAAUUAAGGGGAAAUGUGUGUGCGUCCUAUAGAGCGAAUGCAGGCUGCGCCGCUAAGCCCAAAGCCAGAACAGGAAGACGGAGCACUGCGGAGCGCUCCGUCUCGCUGCUCUAGCUUGGGGGCGGCUGCGCGCUCAGCCUCUCCAGGGCAGCGGGGUGCCUUCACCCCGCUGUCCUGCAGAAGCUAGCAAGGCUGUUCCCAAGCCAGAACAGCGAGACGGAGGGCUCCGUCUCGCUGCUCUAGCUUGGGGACGGCUGCGCGCAAACCUCUGCAGGGCAGCGGGGUGCCUUCACCCCGCUGUCCUGCAGAAGCUAGCAAGGCUGUUCCCAAGCCAGAACAGCGAGACAAAGCUGCGCGCAAACCUCUGCAGGGCAGCGGGGCGCUGCGCUCCAGAGGCUUCAGGGAUCUUUGAGGCUGGCGGUGGGGGAAAGCAGCGCUUCCCCCCACUGCCAGCCCCACAAGCUCUGGUGAAUGUACCUUGAACGCACCUUGUUUUAGAGGGGGAGAACAAGAAAAAAUUUUUUUUCCCUGUUCUCCCCCUCCUAUGAUCCGGUGCGUCCUAUGGUCUGGUGCGUCCAAUGGAGCGAAAAAUACGGUAAGCAGAAGAAGUUUUGCUUUCUGAUCUGUCAGCUUAACUUGCUGUUUUGUCAGCCUGCCAUUCAGAAUGCAUCUGCAUUAAAGCCAAAGUAAUCCCACAUGGCAAAGUCAGUUGUUUCCCUGAAUUUAAGUUGUACCGCAGGGGCUCAUAUGAAUUCUUACCCUGUGGCUAGAGGUCAAACACAAAUUUGGGCUUCCCCUUCCCAAUUGAAACUAGCCAGACUUCAUCAUAUACAAUUUGCAGACUUACAGCCUAUUGUAUCCAUCAAGAUAUUGAGGAUGGAUAAUGGAGCGAUGGGUCAGAUUUAGAGGAACUUAUUUCAGCAAUAUUGUUUAAUGAAGCUCAUUUUUGCCCUUACCUCUCCUAUUUUUAUCAGGAUUUCAUAGAAUUGUAGAGUUGGAAGGGACCCUGAGGAUUAUCUAGUCCAGUCCCCUGCAGGAUCCCAUACAGGAAUCAAACUUGCCACCUUGGUGUUAUCAGCACCACACUCUAACCAACUGAGCCCAGUUCAUGGGUUUAAGGAACAUCUAGAAUAUGCACCUUCAGUAGGGCUUAAUUCUCGGUGUUUUUUAAAAAAAGGUAAUAUGAUUUAAGAUUUGCACAGGAUGAUAGAUACAAAGUUAGAUGCUAUUCUGUUUUUCUGCCAACAGAUUGGCAGUUCAGUAAUAAACGUAAUGUAUACUUUAAAUGUAAUAUAAUCUUACUUUUAUUCCUUUCUUUGACAGGUAGUCCUUUUGGAGAGUUUUUGA